AUGAACGAGGAAAUCGUGGUGAUAUCUGGUGGGACCGCCACCAACUCGCUUGUCUCUCUUUUCCAGUCGCUAUCUUCGAACAUCUCCUUUGUGCUGCCCAUCAGCGACAAUGGUGGCUCAACAUCGGAGAUUCUUCGUGUCCUUGGCGGACCAGCUAUUGGCGACAUACGGUCCAGGAUAACGCGGUUGAUCCCAGACGAAGGAUUCAAGACGCUGCUGAGCCAUCGGUUGAGCGAGGACCCGCAAGAGGCCAAGGAUGAGUGGACCCUCAUCGUGGAAGGAACGCACGAGAUUUGGAAUGGGAUCGAGCCGCAGUGUAAAGAGAUGGUGCGAAGCUUUCUGAUCCAUGUCCACAUGGAGCUGCUGAAGAAAUCACGGAACCCUGCUACAAACUUCAGGUUUGAGCUGGCAAGUGUUGGUAACAUGUUAUUGACAGGCGCCAGGCUCUUUGUUGGGUCUUUGGACUCGGCCAUUGAGUUGAUUCUGAGGAUGACACGGAUUGACCCUGGUGUCAAAGUUGUGCCUUGCUUGAACACGAACUAUACGUAUCACAUCUCAGCCAGGUUGAACAAUGGAGACGUUAUCACUGGCCAAUCCCAAAUUUCGCAUCCCCAUGAACACGAUUCAGAACAGGUUUUAGGGUCUACAACAUCCGUCAAUUUCCACAACGGGCUGGACGAUCUGUUGAACCAGGACGAAGAUAUUCCGUAUCAGCACCCUGAUUUGUUGAUAAGCCAGUUGAAAUUCUCCAAAGAAGUUUCCGAGCCUUUGAAAUCGCCAAUAGAGAGGAUAUUUUACAUCAAUCAGUACGGCGAAGAGAUCCAUCCAAGGGCAAACUCCAGGACUUUGAAAGUAUUGGGCGAGUCAUCGUUGAUUGUAUAUUCCAUAGGCUCCCUGAUGACAAGUAUCAUACCUGUUCUGAUUCUACAAGGCAUUGGACAGACCAUUUGCCAGUCGAGUUCGAAAAAAGUGCUGUUGUUAAACGGUAACCUGGAUAGGGAAACGUUUGGAAUGUCUGCGUAUGAUUUCAUACAAAUGGUUUACAAGGCUCUGAAGUACAGUAACGUUGGAAGCAACGGUUCUGCGCAAAAAUUCGUCGUUACCGAUAUCUUAACGCAUUUGUUCUACAUGGAAAACAGCGAGAUCAAAGUUGAUGUUGAGCUCAUUUCAGCCUUGGGUGUUGAAUGCGUAAGUAUCACAAGGGACACAACUCUUGGUGAUGAUUUGCAUUUCUACAACUUGGAUGAUUUACAGAAAGAGUUGGUUCAUUUAGUGAAUUGA